AUGGCCCCAGACGUGGGAACGUUUCCAACCCAAAACCCCCGGGGCCAGACCCAGAACCCCAAAACGCCAGACUCCGGGGCCAAGACCCGGGAGUCUGGACCCCGGUCUGGACCCGGUCUCCAGACCGUCUGGACCCGGUCUUCGGACCACGCCGUGGGGCCCCCGGCCCCCAGUUUACAGCCUCCAGCGGAGCAUGUUAUUUAUGGGGGCCCGUCAAGGUAUCUGUUCGAAAAUGACUCCCGCGUGGUUCCAGAGAAGUUUGAAGGCGAGGUGAAGCAGGAGGGGGGCGGGGUCUUCCGCGAGGGCACGCCCUACCAGCGCCGUGGCUCCCUGCAGCUCUGGCAGUUCCUGGUGGCCCUACUGGACGACCCGGGCAACUCCAACUUCAUCGCCUGGACCGGCCGCGGCAUGGAGUUCAAGCUCAUCGAGCCCGAAGAGGUGGCGCGGCUGUGGGGUAUGCAGAAGAACCGUCCGGCCAUGAACUACGACAAGCUGAGCCGUUCUCUGCGCUACUACUACGAGAAGGGCAUCAUGCAGAAGGUCGCCGGGGAGCGCUACGUUUACAAGUUUGUGUGCGAGCCGGAGGCGCUGAUCUCGCUGGCCUUCCCGGACAACCAGCGGCCGAGCCUGAAGGGCGAGUUCGAGCGCUACGUGAACGAGGAGGACACGGUGCCCCUGUCCCACCUGGACGAGGCAACGCCGUACCCCGGCCCGGAGCAGGCUCCCCAAAACAACAUGGGCCCCCAGCAGCCCUACUCCAAAGGCUACAUGUACUAA